GACGCAAUAUUUGUGCGACGUUAAAUCUGACCCGGUUGAACGGUCGCCUUCGGUGUCGGAGGGACACCAGGAUUUUUUUUUUAUUGUUUAAUGGCUUUACGGAUUUUCCGGCUGUUUGUGCCUUCGGGCGCAGCGGCGUUUAAAACCGUCUCACUUUCACAAACGGCCGGGAUCCACACGUGUCCAGUUAGAAGUCUGCGAUACGGAUGGUGGGCGUACGCUCUGGGUGAGAGGACAACGCCCAGGCUGAAGGAGAACAGCAAGAUCUUCUGUAUAGAUGGCAACCUUGCUUCUGGGAAAGGGGCACUGGCACAGAAACUGGCCGACCGCCUGGGGAUGCUGUACAUGCCUGAGCCUGAUGUGAACUACGUGGACAGAAUGACUAAGGAGAAAAUCCCUCUGGAUUCAAGCUACAACGGCAACUGCAGCUUGGAGAAGUUCUACCUGGAUCCCAAAGCCAGUGACGGAAACUCGUACCGUCUGCAGUCCUGGAUGUACCUCAUGAGGCUGCUGCAGUACUCGGACGCCGUCGAGCAUCUUCUCACCACAGGCCAGGGAGUCAUCCUCGAGCGUUCUCCUUUCAGCGAUGUGGUGUUUUUGGAGGCCAUGUUCAAUCAAGGUUACAUCAGGAAGCAGUGUGUGGAUCAUUACAACGAGAUUAAAGACAUCAGUAUCUGUGAGUUUUGGCUCCCACACCUCGUCAUCUACGUAGACUCUCCUGCUGAGGAGGUGCAGAAGAAGCUCAAGGCAUCUGGGAAGCCGUAUCUCCAAAACGUGUCCCUCUCCUACCUUAAGGACAUCGAGGCGGCGUACAAGAAGACCUUCCUGCCCAAGAUCAGCGAGGAGGCUGAAGUGCUCGCGUACGAUACAGCACAAGCACAAGAUAUCGAGAGGAUCGCAGAGGAUAUCGAGUACCUGAAGUUCGAGAAGGGCCCGUGGUUGGAGCAGGACGACGUCACGUUCCAUCACAUGAGAAUUCUCGUGGAAGAUAAACAGCGGGUGGCCAACAUGACCUGCAUCCCCAGAUACAUCCCCGAGGUCACCAUCGGCGCUCACGAGUUUGACAAAACCUACUACUCUUUCAAAUCGCUUCCAGGGAAGCAGUACGCCGAGGGUUACAACGAAGAGGCAGGAGACAAAGGGAUCUGGCUGAAGUGAAACUCUAACCCAAGGGAAAGUGAAAUCGAGGACUUUUCCGUCUCACCGCUUUCUCAUUCUUCCACGUCUCGGAGGAGAGAUAAGUCCGAUCAGACGACGUAUUCUGCUGUUAUGUAAAUUGCUAUCGAAUAAAUGCUAUAUGUUGAAAUCA